GACCACUUGAACCGCGAACCCAUUUCGCAAAUCUAUGUUUUUAGUGUCUCGUGCACAGAACGCUUCAAGAGUUUCUCGGUUACUUCAAAGACACUUGAGAAGUAGGGGCAUUGGUGAUCUGAGCCAUGGCAAGCAUCAUUACGAUGUCUGUGUUAUAGGAGGAGGUCAUGCCGGCUGCGAAGCUGCUACUGGGGCUGCAAGGACAGGAGCAAGGACGCUUUUGCUUACCCAAAGGACUGACACUAUAGGAGAGCUCUCAUGCAACCCAUCUAUUGGAGGAGUAGGAAAAGGCACCCUGGUCCGUGAAGUUGAUGCCCUAGACGGUGUAAUUGGGCGCGUAGCAGACAGGGCGGGAAUACAGUUCCGGAUGCUAAACUCCUCAAAGGGCGCUGCCGUUUGGGGUCCUAGAGCACAGAUUGACCGCAAGCUUUACAAAAAGCAUAUGCAACAGAUAAUAUUUAAUUACCCGAACUUGGUCAUACAAGCUGCAAGUGUUUUCGAUCUUGUAUUCAACCAUGGAGUAUCAGACACAUGCAAACAAGAAAAACCACUCCUAUGGGGUUCUAUCGAAGGAGUCAGGCUCGAAAACGGGGACGUUAUCAAGUGUUCCACGGUCGUAGUUUGUACGGGAACAUUUCUUUCGGGGGAGAUCCAUAUUGGUAUGAAAAGAUUCCCAGCUGGUAGGAUGCAUGAGGCUCCCUCUGUGGGACUUUCGGCGUCGUUACGUACCGCAGGAUUUAAGCUUGGUCGACUCCAAACAGGCACUCCUGCUAGGCUCGAUAAGAACACGAUUGAUUUUUCUAACUUGGUUCCGCAAGAAGGCGAUCCUUUGCCGUAUCCCUUUAGUUAUUUGAAUCGUACAGUAGAUAACGCCGAUAAUCAAGUUCAAUGCUAUCAGACUGCGACUACGCCUGCCACUCAUCAACUAAUAAAGGAUAACAUGCACCUCAGUGUCCAUAUUCAAGAGACAAAGAAGGGCCCACGGUAUUGCCCAUCGCUUGAAGCAAAGAUCACGCGGUUUGGGCACAAGAAUAGCCACACUAUCUGGUUAGAGCCGGAAGGCUAUGAUUCAGAGGUUAUCUAUCCAAACGGAUUGUCAUGCAGUAUCCCAGAAGAGAUUCAAGAGCCCAUGAUGCGUACAAUUCCUGGCCUCGAGAACGUGAAGAUGGUCAAACCCGCAUACGGAGUUGAAUAUGACCAUAUUGACCCACGAGAAUUGGACUCAACUCUUCAAACAAAACGAAUACAGGGCCUCUUCCUUGCUGGUCAAAUUAACGGAACUACUGGAUACGAGGAAGCUGCGGCGCAAGGGUGUGUGGCAGGCAUUAACGCUGGACUCGCAGCCAUGAAUCGCCCACCGCUCGUCAUUACCCGAGCCGACGGCUUCGUAGGAGUAAUGAUAGAUGAUCUUGUCGUUAAGGGUGCAGAGGAACCUUAUCGCAUGUUCACUUCACGAUCGGAGUAUCGAAUGAGUAUCCGGAGCGACAACGCCGAUAUGCGACUUACGGAAACUGGUCGAAACGCUGGUAUCGUGUCAGAUGAACGAUGGUCAUCCUUCGAAAGUGUCCGGAAAGAGAUUGAAAGGGGAACUAAGCUCCUCCAGUCGUUAUCUAUGAGUCCACAGGGAUGGGGGACACAUGGAUUCGAAGUAAGGCGUGAUGGAGUAGCACGAAGUGCAUAUGACAUGCUGAGAUAUCCUCAUAUAACAAUCAACGACCUCACUACGGUGUUGCCAGAGCUGUCUGACUUAGAUCCCUACAUUCUUGCCAGAAUCAGUGUGGACGGUACAUACUCUGCCCAUCUUCGCCGACAAGAAGGCGACCUUAAGGCGUUCAUGCAGGACGAGAAAUUGGCUCUUGACCCUCAUAUGGAUUACAACGAAGUGAGGGGUCUGAGCUCGGAAGUUCGCGAACGACUCUUUGCAGUGCGUCCUACAACCAUUGGCGCCGCGAAACGUAUGGAAGGCAUGACGCCUACAUCUGCAAUAUAUUUGCUUAAACAUGCAAAGAGGGUGUGGAGGCACAGCGUCGAAGCAUCUAUGCCGGCAACAUGAUCGCAUUCACUUUCUUUUGUUUCUUCCUCUGACCCAACUCAGAAAUAAAUCUAGCAGGAGCUGCUCUAUUUCAAAGCAGCUUCACUUGGCUCUCCUAGGGUAGCAAUAAUGGAUGACAAGUAUUGCAAACAACAUUCAUACAGUACUGUCUAACAAAAUGUUGGCUUAUUAUCUUAUUCUACGACCGAAGUAUGUAUGUCCGGCGAUCGUGAUGUUAACAAAGACUGUAGUGAGGUGCUUAGCAGAGCAAACGUCGUCUAGUCUUACAAAGUAAACACCUUAAUCUUAAUAUUAUGCAGUCCAAA